UUUCACAUUUAAUGGUUCAGCGAUCAUAGAGAAACAAAUUAAAGUUCAAUGGCGUUCUCGUUACAUAGGCGAAAGCUCAGUGACUAGCGAAAUAUAUUCUUCAAACCGAUAAGUAAGUUCUAGAACGAUCGUGCUGCUUUCAGCAAUUUCUCCAAUGCCAAAUCGGCUAAAUCCAAUUCUUUAUCAUCCGUCCCGCGAAAAUCAAUUACAUCAAAACCCAAUUCCACCUUUGUAAUGGCGAAGCUUCCGUCAAUUUCUUGAGAACGGAAUUGCGAAAAGGUGAAAAGAAAACAAAUGAUGUUUUUCAACGACUUGAUUAAACGGAGACUUUCAACUCUUCUACAGCCAUGGCUGAGAGACAGCCCGGAACUCGAAUUCAAACUUGGGUUCUUCCGUUCCAACGGAAGCCUAAAUAAUAUUAGUUUCAAAACGUCGUUAUUGAAUGAAUUAGUAGAUGACCCCUCUCGAAUUUGCUUUAAAGAAGUCACUGUUGAACAUCUGAGUCUGCAGAUAGCCCCAUGUUCUUCGGCUGCUUUUAGUCUCCGUAUUCACGGCCUCUAUAUAACUCUCUCACUUGGGGAAGAGGAUGAUGAGGAGGGAGUUCCGUGGAGGCGGAAGCCCAGGGAUACCACGAUGGAGGAAAAGAACAAGGUUCUUGAGGAUAUUGAUCCCGAGGGUUGUGCUUUGCAUGAUGCCAUAAAAAGGAUUUCGGACAUCGCCCCCAAUACUAGGACAAUUUCUUUAUUGAAUUCAAUACUAAGUUACUGUCAUUUGCAGCUGCAUGAUGUUCACGUGCUCUUGCAAUGUCCUGGUUCAAAUGGUUUGAUCUCAUGCUCAUUGUAUGCAAAAGAAGUUGGAGCAGGAUCAGUUUUGAACAGAAGUUUUCUCAGAGGGUUCAUGAGUUCACUUUUUGUGCCUUCUGAAGAGAAUUCAUUCAAUUUGUCUAUUGAUGGUUUUGAGAUUAGAGUGAACAAUGGAAACCGCACAAACUGUGCUUUACCUUCAACCAAUUUGCAUGCUUUAAUUUAUUUGAAGUGCCUCCAGUUUGUAAGCUUUAAAUUUUGUGUGCCAUCUUUAGAACUUUUUUUUUCUUCAGGUGAUAUUUCUGUCAUGCUAGUUUUUUAUACAUUCUUGUCCAAAGAGUCAAAACGUGCAAGACCUGGUUUGCAACUAUGGAAUAUAGCUUCAAGCAAAAUUAGAUCUUUGCUUCCAACUUCUGCCUCGUCAUUGCUAAAAGCAACUAAAGUUGCUUGUUUAUGGUUGCGCUACGUACACACUUAUCAGGGUAUGCUUCAACUAGUUGGAUAUCCCAUGGUGGGUGUCAUGAAAAAAUCAACCAUCUCAAUGUCCCGGGACAAAAAAUAUACAAGAUCUGUAAAGUUCCAGUGGAAACUGAUUUCUGAAAUUGAGAAAGAGCUGCCCACUGAGGUAAUUGCAUUGGCAAGGCGAAUGGUUCGUUCUACAGUAGCUUCUCACCAUUCUGGGGCAAACUGCAGUUCUAAAGAGUCCUUAAUCAAUAUAAUUUUCUUGAAGUUGCAUCAAUUACUUGUCCUUAUCUGGGCCACUAUAUGCAGUUUGUUGAAUAUUGUUACAAGGAAUCUUUCUUUGCAUAGAGUUUGGCCUAAUCAUCAGAAGACUAGUCAACAUUUUGGCUCUUCUUGCGAAGAUUCACUCGCACAAUGUUAUAUGGAUCUUAACAUCGGAGAAAUUUCAAUAUCCGUUACUCCAGAAAAUGAUGAUCAGCAUACUACCAGCUGGAAGGCAGUCUCAGAUAUUGGGUUUUCGUACCAAGAUUUACUAUCAUUUCAUCUUUCUAUUGAUGCGUGCUUCUUAGGAUACAUAGAAAAUGUCUCAGAGAAGUGUUUUGUUUUCGCAUGUGGUUGCUGGAAGGUUCUUUCUUUCUCUAUUCUAAAGGGAAGUCCAAAGAGUUACUCAAAGUACUUAAAAGGACGUGGCACGAAGAAAGGUAAUGAUCAGCAGACUGUCAUAUGGGGUGAGCCUGCCAAAAUGAUAUGCCCUUCUGAAGUUACUGGAGAUAACCUCACCAAUGAUAUUGGAGCAACUUCAAUCUCAUAUCUAGACCUCCUUCUAGGAAAAUUAUGGUUGAAUUGGAAAGACUCUUGUUCAAAAUCUGAAGCAUAUAUCAUCUCAAAGUUGCAAAGUCCGUGGAUUCUUUGUGAGGUAAGGAGCUCUUUGACAGAUGACAGCCUCAGUGAUCUUAGUUAUGGGUUUUGGAACUGUGUUAUGGUGGUAGGAAGAUUAAACGUCAAACUAGAAUACUUGUUGGUAGCUUCAAUUGCUGUGCUUCUCAGUCAAAUACAACAUUCUCUUGGCUGGGAUGAUUGCAGGAGGAAUUUUGUUUCUCAUACACCAACAGCUAUCACUGAGGAUCCACCAAGGGAUUUCAGUUGUAGAUACAGUUCAUACUAUGACAACAUUGAGACGACAAUUAUGAGAAUGCUACCACAAAAGCAUGUUCAAAUCGGAGUACUAAUUGCUGGUCCUCAUGUGCAACUAUCUCUGACACAGGAUCAGUUUUAUGUAGAAAAUGAAGAGCCACACCAUCUGAUUAAACAGGCCACUUUGAAUCUCCAUGAUAUUGAACUUGUGUUUUCACCAAAUUUGGAUUCUAAUCUUGCAUCAUCUGGUGCGUGCUCAGCAGGUAAUGAUAGGGAACCGGAUUACACUAUACUGAAGGUACCUAAUGAUAUUGACAUCACUGGAUCAGUUAAUGAAAUUUACAGCUGUCAAAGACGUAUUUUAUACAACGCUCACCUUAAAUUUAAUGGUUUGAAUGCUUACUUUGAGGAAUCCUCUGAAAGUCAGAAUUACCACAUCUUUGAAUUAAGCCCAACAACUAUUCAACUUCAAGGUUUAAGGAAGGAGCAUCAUUCAUUUGGUUCAACAAUGAUUGCUCUCUCUGCUGCCUCACAUUGGAUGGCUACUGGAUUCACUACUUUGAUAUAUAUGGAUGAGUUGUAUAUUUUGACAAAGGUGAUUUUUGGAUUAUAUUAUGAUCUGUCACGUGCCUUUGCUAUGCUUGCGUCCAGUGAUGACCUAAGCCAUCAAGAAGCAUCAAGACAAGAGACAUUUUAUGCUGAUUCUGGGAGUGAGGAAACAUUCAUGGCUAGAGGAGGACCGACAUCACUGAUUAUUACCCAUGUCCAAAUGUCUGUCAAUAACACCUGUGAGCUUAAGUCCUUCGACAUAGUUAUUCAUAACUCCAGGCAAUGCUAUAACAUGGAGAAUAGCUCCAGAGUAACUGGAACAAAGUUGGCCAUGCGUGAAAUGCCCGGUCAUGGAAUUUACAUAUCUGGUCCGAAGUUAUUCAUGGAUGUAUCUUUUAGAAGAGGAAACAUGGAUCUUAUAAUUGAUUUAUCUGGAUUUCGAUCUAUCAUUUUCAGAUAUCCUGCUGAGUUUGAAGAAAGCCUGCAUAAAUCUGAAAUCAACAAUCUGUUACGCUCUCUAAAUUUCUUAAUUGAAGCAUCAAUUUCUCAUAUCAAAUUGUGUUUCUUCUUGAGAACCCUUAAAAAAGACUUGCCACGUGCAAGUUUGAGCACAGCAAUGGAUGAACCUACUUCUAACAGUAAUGCUUUGUGCAUGGCGGAGCAUUCUCCUAUGGUUACGAGUACGAAUGCUGAACUUGGAGAUCAUCCUGUACUUGCAACUAUUGCUCUCUCUGAAAUUUAUGUGUCUAGCUGCCCAGUAAAGGAUAUAUUGGCUAGAGAACACGUGCCAAAUAAACUGAGCGCAUCUUUCUCUGUUGGAGAAGAAUUCCAGACAAUCUCUUGUGAUUCCUUGGGUGGUUUUUUGUUACUUGAAGCCACAUCUGCAACUAUGUUUGCUGGAUGCUGUAAAUCGUACUACAACCGAAUUUUAGAUAUUUGGCAUUCUGGUUCAUCUCCAGGAAGGGUGGUUCCACAGUAUAGUGAGGAUAAGACUGUUUUAGAUGUGCGCUCGAGUUUGAAUUCACAGCAACUUCAGCAUGUAACACAGGAUCAUUUGCAAGAAUUUUCCUUGAAUAUUUCACAUUUGUUUCUCAUAUUUGUGUCCAAUGAUGAAUCUGGCAGACUUCAAGAACUUCUGCUUGAGGUUGACUUUCAUUUGAACCACAAAGUAUUGAGCACGGUGAAAAAAGUUUCACUUGGUAUAUCCAAAUUUUCUAUGCUUUCUCAGUACAUACAUGUGACGGGACAGAAACCCAGGGAUAUUCAAAUUCACGGCUUUUCUUCUGGUGCGCUUGAUGAUCCAUCUCCCAACUUGAUAUCCGAUGGUUUACCAGUGCUUGAGCAGAAAGUUACAGUUCAUUCUGCCCUUGCUGAUGCAGGUUACUCGAGCCCUUCUUCCUCUCAGAAUGACAUUCGUAUUGGUAGUUCUGGGGGAUCAGUUAUUAGUCACUCUGAACAAAAAAAUGUGCAUUUGAGUUCUCAAAACUACAUACUGAAAGAAUUUAAGUCCUUCCUAGCAGCUGAGUGGCCUGUAUCGGGAGAUCAAUUCUGUCCUAAUAAACUUUGGGUUGGGAGUGGUUUUAUAUCGGGUUUUGAUUUGACCAUCUCUCUGACUGAAAUAAAGAUCCUAAUUUCUGCUUUCAAAUGUUUCUCUGAGGUUUUUAUCAGAGAGAAAACUUCCAAAAUGGAACAGAGGCACUGGUCUAGUGACCAAGAUUCUGAAGGAAGUGCUGAAGAAAUGGUUGCUGAUGGAACAAUUGUUGCAAUCCAAGAUGUUGACCAACACAUGUAUAUUGCAGUUGAAGAUGUUGAAAGUAGAUACGGUAUAAUUGGUGCGACUCAUUAUUCGCUAGUGGGAGAGAGAUCUCUUUUCAGAGUAAUACAUCUUAACUUCAUUCUUAGUGAACGUGUGGGCAAGGCUGCAUGA